AAAGUAAUAAGAACUUGUUAUUACGAUCCGAGUGAAUUUAGCAGUCAAACAUCAAAACAGAAACAAUUAUUUAGAAUCGUUGAACCAUUCAUUCCUUUUUCAUCCAAUAUCGUUGGUAUAAUUUCAAAAAAUAAAGUCACAAUGACCAGCGAAAUUCCCGAAAUCCUUCGUCCAAUCGCUUGGAUAGCUGGCGUAUGGCAAAGUAAAAAUGGUGCCGGCCACUAUCCAACCAUUUCCGAUUUUUCCUACAACGACAAAAUCGAAUUUCGACUUUGCGGCAAACAACCACUAUUCGCCUACACUGGAUCAUCGUCGCAUCCCGAGCGCGGCAAUCCCAUGCAUCUAGAAAGUGGAUUCCUACGUGCACAUGCCGGUACAACAGCGGUAUCGUUUAUGGUGGCCCACAAUUUUGGGCUGACCACAGUUGAAGAGGGCUCUUGGGAUCGAUCGUCGAUAUCGUUGAAGUCGACUAGCAUUGGAAGAAUGAACGGGGCUAAGGAACCACAAGUCUUAGGCGUUGAGCGAACAUUUAGGCUUGUCGAUGAGAAUACGUUGGAACAAGAACUGAGUAUGGCCACAUCGAAUACACCGGAUUCUACCAAACAUUUGAAAGCAACUUACACUCGUCAACAGUAAUUAGUUCUCUGGAUUGAAAGGAAAUGAGUUGGAAUAGAGAUUAGAGACUAAGCGAAAUAGGCUGCGUUAUGUCUUAGUUGAGUUGGUGAUAUAAUUUUAGAAUUGUGGAAGUAUGUUCAACCGUUUAAAGAAUUAAAGAAAAAUUAAGAAAAAGAAAACU